AUCAUGGCAAUGCUGAAAAUCUGUCUGCUGCUUUUCAUCGUCUUCUCCAUUGGGAAUACAGAAGAGUGCAGAAACACAAAUGCCAGAAGAUGCCCUGCUAGAUGGAGGAAAUUUGGUCUCCAAUGCUACAAGUACUUUUCUGGUCCGGCUAACUGGAUCACUGCAGAGGAAAACUGUCUAAGUCUUGGUGCGAAUCUCGCAUCUGUGCGUAAUAACCAGGAAAAUAAAUUCCUGCUGAGUCUGUUGCCUUGUUCCACACGUUCUUGGAUUGGUGCUCAUGAUGCUGUACAAGAAGGACACUGGUUGUGGAGUGAUGGAUCUGUGUUUUCGUAUACCAACUGGUGCUCUGGACAACCUAGCAAUUACCAGGGUGCUGAGAACUGUUUGGAGAUCAACUAUUCCUCCAACCGUUGCUGGAACGAUGCGUCCUGUUCAGACUCGAUGCCCUAUAUCUGUGUUAAGAGCCUGUGAGACCGUCAUCCUGCUCCAGUUACUUUGAUUCAACUACAUUUUUCCAAUAUUACACAUGUUAUUCUGAAAUCAAAUCUCUUCUAAACUUUAAUCUCUUUUCAAUACUUUUACUGAAAUGCUCAUUAAUAAAAGCACUGGAAAACUAAA